UUAUGUUCGAUGUUCAUUGUCCGGCAGCAGUUGAUUAACGUAAAAGCAAGAGAGCGCCGUAGUAUUUACGCAACGCAACUGGAAAGCCUCACCUUCACCCAUGGCAACCGCAGCAGCUGUAGCAAAAGUUGGAAAAUCAGUGCACCGCAUUUUCGUGGGCAACCUGCCGUGGACGGUGGGCCAUCAGGAGCUCCGUGGUUACUUUCGCGAAUUCGGACGCGUGGUGUCCGCCAACGUAAUCUUUGACAAGCGUACCGGCUGCUCCAAGGGCUACGGAUUCGUUAGCUUCAACAGCCUGGCGGCGCUGGAGAAGAUCGAGAACGAGCAGAAGCACGUCCUCGAGGGCAACUACCUGAACAUUCAGAAAUCGUAGGACUCCAGUCUUUACCAGUUAUAUAGUUUUAAGUUUCCAGUUUACAAAGCACAAACAUA